AUGGCAGCGUCGUCAGCCCUGGCAGGACUCCAGGCACAAGCCAACUGCCCCAUCUGUCUGGACUACCUGAGAGACCCCGUCACCACCGAAUGUGGGCACAACUUCUGUCGCUGCUGCAUCCGGCAAUCCUGGGCUGAUGUCAGCGACAGCUUCCCUUGCCCCGUCUGCCGCCACCCAGGCCGAGAGAGGCACUUGAGGAGCAACGCCCAGCUGGGAAGGGUGAUCGACGUCGCCAAGCUCCUCCACAUCAGCGGGAGCAAGAGGGAGAGGCGGGACGAGAGGCAUCUGUGCGAGAAGCACAACCGGGUCCUGACCCUCUUCUGUGAGCAGGACCUACAGGUGUUGUGUCCCGCGUGCGUGCGGCCCCCUGACCACCGGGGCCGCCGGGUGAGGCCCGCGGAGGAGGCCGCCUCCCAGCACAGGCAAAGGCUCGGCAGUUACGUGGAGCCCCUGAAGAGGCAGCUGGCAGUCGUGCAGCAGCUGGUAGCCACCCAAGACAGGAGACUCUCAGAGCUGGGAGAGCAGGUGCAAUGCCACAGACAGAAGUUAGCCUCUGAGUUUGAGCACCUGAACCGGUCUGUAGACCGGCAGCAAGAGGCAGUUCUGUCGGGGCUGGCCGAAGAGGAGAAGGACAUUCAGCAGAAACUCUGUGCAAACAUAACGGCGUUUUCAGACCACGUUUCCACCCUCCGAGGUCUCCUGAAGGAGGUGGCCGAGAGGAGUGUGAUGUCAGAGGUGAAACUGCUGACGGACCUCGGGGGUGUCCGUGCCCGGUGUGAGCACCAGGAGCCCCCAGCUCUCUACUCUUUCCAGUUAAGGAGAGAAGGCUGCGGUCUCCCCCCGCAGUACUUGGCUCUGCAGAAGAUCACACAGAGGUUCCGACGAGAAGUUACCCUGGAUCCCGAAACAGCACAUCCUCAUCUGCUUGUGUCUGAGGAUAGGACGUCUGUGACAUUCGUGAGGGAAAGGCCAAGCGUCCCUCAGCAUCCGAAGAGACUUCUGACGGAUCCCGUCGUCCUGGGUUCCGAGGGCUUCGACGGGGGCCGACGCUACUGGGAGGUGCAGCUGGGUGACAAGAGCGAGUGGGCCGUGGGGGUCUGUGAGGACCCCCUCUCCUGGAAGGGACAGCGGCCCCUGUCAGGACAGAACAGACGCUGGACAGUUCAGCUGCAGGAUGGUGCCUAUGUGGCACAAGGGGCUGUUCCUGUCACUCUUGUGUUGAAGGAAAAGCCCAGAGGGGUGGGCGUUUAUCUGGACUGUGAGUUGGGGGAGAUUUCCUUUUACAGUUUGAACGACAGGUCUCACAUCCAUUCGUUCACCCAUGCGUUUUCUCAAGUACUAAAGCCUUACUUGUGUGUGGGGCGGGACCCUAAACCUCUUACCAUCUGUGCGGUAAGGGAUCUUGAAGGAUGA